AUGACCAGUAAGGGUAAAAAACGUCAAAAUGAGCAAUCGGAGAGUAGAGAUUCGAAGUAUCCUCGUAUCAAAGUUAGCUUGGAUGAUUCAGUUAUGGAUGUAGAUUCCAGUUCCCUUCCAUCCCUAUCUCCGUUUCCAUCCCCCUUACCUUCCUCUUGUCCUUCGCCGUCAAUGGAUUAUUCACAGGAGACAAUUUUUCAAUAUGAAAAUGAAGUAUCAAGCGAAUUAAAUAAAAUGCAUUUAAAUAAUAACUUGGAAAAAGAAAUAGAGGUUUGUGAAGAUAAACCAGAAUUAAGAAGGGAUUUCUCCUCAAUAGCGUGUACUGUAAUAAAAGAAACUCAUAUAGCUCAAAAUUGUAUAAGAGAAAUCAGAAAUUUUAUUGAGAAUAUUAGUCAUUUAAACAGACUUCAAAGAUUUUUUCAAACGAGUGAUAUCAACGAAACUUUUAAUAAACUUACGAAGGAAUUUGACGGAUAUAUGAGUAAUUUACAGCAGCAAAAAAAAAAUUUGGAUCCAUUUGAUUUUAAAGACCUAGUAGAGAACGAACCAUUGCUUGAUGGCAAUCAAUAUCGAAGGACAAAUGUUUGUCCUUCAAAAAGGAUCGAAAAACGAACAUCAUUCAAAGAUUGCACUGAAAUCCUUCAUCAUGAUAUCCAGUCGGCAAAUAUUUUAGUAAAUCAAUAUCAAAAGGUUAAAAUAGCAAAUUUUGGUCUAAGCAAAAAAUUUUCAGAUGCUACUAGAAGUAUUUCACAUAACCUAGAGAAUAUAAGCGUUGGAGCAUUAUUGUGGGAGAUUGCAGAAUUAAAAAAACCUCAUUCUGAUCUUGAUAAAUCGGAAAUACUUGGUAGUGUUAGAAAACGUAUGCGAGAAAGAUAUUAUGAACCAUUUUCAAAUGAUGUUCCCUCUGAAUGGAGGGAUAUAGUAUCUAAUGCUAUGGAAUACGAACGUGAUUGGCGUUCUAGUAUUUCAGCUAUUUGUCGGGACCUUUAUGAAUUGAUGAUGAAACAACAUUCGGAUAAAUCUCGUCCAAAUAGCGGUUUUAGUUAUUCAAAUUGUGAGAAUGAAAUCUCGACACCUUCGGGGGAUCAUAAAGUAAAUUUAUCAGCAAAUAAUAAUCAAAGUGCAUUGGUUUCAUCAACUUUUACAAUUCUCCCUGUUGAAGAUGCAAUUCGCGAACACAAAUCCAGCAAUGGAAGCAAACUAGUUGCAUGGAAUAGUUUCAAAUUUCACUCAAUAACCAAUGUUGAGGCAAGAUAUUGGGAAGAAAGGGUCAAAAAUGCCAUUGAUAUAUUUAAAGAAACUGCUGAUAAAGGAAAUUCUUCCGCUCAAUUAAGAUAUGGAAUGCAUUUAUGGCAAAAGGAAAAUAAUUAUAUCGAUGGUUUUAAAUAUUUAAAAAUGUCAGCUGAUUCAAAAGAUGCAACGGCCAUGUUUAUCGUUGGAAAAGCUUAUUGGAAUGGUAUCAAUGGAAUUGUUCAAGACAAGGUACUAGGUGCCCAAUAUUUAAAAACUGCUGCUUUGGCGGAUCAUCCUAAAGCUAGAGAAUUAUGUUUUAAAUAUGGAAUUUCAUAA